AUGCGUCUCCCGGGAGUACUCGCUCUGCAAAUUGCCCUUCCUAUCCCCGCGGGGUACACGUGUACGACCCAGUGCCGCUGCCUUGUCGGCGACGACUGCUGGCCCUCCCAAUCCGACUUCGACACAUUGGCGCAGAAGGUGUCUCAGCCGCUCAUCCACCCCACGCCAUUCGCACAACCCUGCUAUGUCGACGCGAACUCGGCCGAAUGUGCCGUUAUUAUCGCCAACCAGACUAAUAGCAACUUUCGGGCGGAUCAGCCAGGCGCAAUGCAGGAGCCCAACUUCGAGACGUUCACGUUUCCUAACGGCACCAUUGAUGCUUGCUACCUGAACGUCACCCUCGGUAUUCCGUGCCAUCAAGGCAGUGUGUCCGUUAUCGGCGUCGAUGCCCGCACUGUUGAGGACAUUCAGGUGGCGGUGAAGUUCGCCGCUGAGCACAACCUCCGUCUUGCAGUCAAGAACACAGGGCAUGACUUCUUCGGGCGAAGCCAUGCGCGAGGCUCCUUCGUGAUCUGGACUCACCACAUGAAUAACCUUACCAUGCACGAAAGCUUCCAGCCGACCGCGGCACCCUCGAACGAGACAUACGAAUUUGCUCUCACCGUCGAAGCCGGUGUACAGUGGCAUGAAGCAUACUCAGCCGCUGAUGCAUCUGAGAGGACCAUAGUCGGCGGAGUGACGGCGGGUGGUUCAGUGGGUGCAGCUGGAGGUUGGCCUGCCGGGGGAGGGCAUAGUGCUCUCACCCCGACCUUCGGCCUCGGCGUCGACAAUAUCCUCGAGAUGACAAUGGUUACCGCCAACGGCACAUUCCUCACUGCUAACCCGCACGUGAACCCCGAUCUCUUCUGGGCCCUCCGAGGCGGCGGCGGCGGGACCUACGGCAUAGUCACCUCCGUCACGUACCGCACGCACCCCCGCGUACCCGUCAUCGGCGCCUUCCUCAGCGUCGGGGCCAACACCUCCCAGCCGACUGCCGCCCUCCUCGCGGCGUUCACCGAGCUCGUGAGCAUAACCCCGAGCCUCACGGACGCCGGUUGGGGCGGAUACACGGAUAUCAUCGUCCCUGCGCUCGCGGGCUCUGGCGCAGUUAGGUUCGCGAUCGCGUACAUCGUCCCGAACGUGUCGUGGGUGGCGGCGAACGCGACGAUCCAGCCCUACUUUGACUUCGUCAAUGCGCUCGCUGCGAACUCGAGCGGCGACGCGGCCCCGACGGCGGUCUCCUAUGCGUUUACCAAGCAGUACGCAUCGUUCUUCGACUGGUGCACGCACAACAUCGCCGAGACUGGGGGCGUCGGUUCCAACCUCGAGCUUGGGUCGUGGCUGCUGCCUGGCACGGCGCUUGAGGGGAAUCCACAAGGCGUGGCGGAGACUGUGCUGGAGACCACCGCGUCGUAUCAUCUCGUCGCAGGGGGCGCAGCCUCGCGCGUCGACCCAGAUGCGUCUGGGCUUAACCCCGCCUGGCGCAAGGCCGUCGUCCACGUUGUCGGCGGAGCCACCUGGGCGGACGGCACGACCUCGGAUGAGAUCAACGCACUGCGUGCGGCUUUGAGCGAUCGUAACGCGAAGCUGCGCGCGCUCGCUCCGGAGUCUGGCGCAUACUUCAACGAGGCGUCGCCGUUUGAGCCCGAUUUCAAGCAGGCGUUCUUCGGGUCGCACUACGACCGAUUGAGGGCGAUCAAGGAAGUGUACGACCCGCAGGACCUGUUCAUAGUCACGGAGGGUGUUGCGUCGGACGAGUGGGACUCGACGCUGAACUGUCGCGUCUGA